AUGUUUGUCUACCUGAGUAAAAAGAUUGCAAUACCAAACAAUGUAAAGCUGAAUUGCAUUGCAUGGAACAAGGAGGAUGGCUACAUUGCAGUUGCCGGCACAGAGGGCUUGCUCAAGGUGCUCAAAUUGGACCAAGCUGCCAAUAAUGGACAGAACAAAGGUGGCCUCGCUGCCGUUUCCAAUCUGUCGAUGAAUCAAACGUUGGAUGGCCACAAGGAGUCUGUCAAGGUGGUCACAUGGAACGAUGCACAGCAGAAGUUGACAUCUUCGGAUACAGAUGGCGUUAUUAUGGUUUGGAUGCUGUACAAGAGCGCCUGGUAUGAGGAGAUGACCAACGAUCGCAAGAAAUCCACAGUAGCCGGCAUGAGUUGGACUUCGGAUGGUGCCAAGAUCUGUAUUGUUUAUGAGGAUGGUGCUAUAAUCGUUGGCUCCGUGGAUGGAAAUCGUAUAUUUGGCAAGGAGCUAAAGAAUACACAUCUUAGUGGAGUACAAUGGAGUCCAGACAAUCGGUUAAUACUCUUUGCCUUGGCCAAUGGCGAGUGUCAUUUGUACGAUAAUCAGGGUAACUUUGCGAUGAAGCUGGUCAUUAAAUGCAUUACUCCGGGCAGCUCAACGGGACGCGUGCAUCGCAUUGCCAGCAUCAGUUGGUUCAGUGGUCGUCCUGCCAACAAUCGCAAUCGUCCUGUCUUGGCUAUCUGCUAUGAGAAUGGCAAGGUGCAAAUAAUGCGCAAUGAGAACGACGAUGUACCUGCCAUCUUUGAUACGAACAUGAGGAAUGUGGAUGCCAAGUGGAAUCAUGAUGGCAGCGUCUUGGCAAUUUGUGGCACAUCUCUAGAGGCUGCCACACCAUUGCGAGAUACCAACCAGGUCUGCUUCUACUCUCCUCUAGGCAGGCUCUAUCGCACCCUAAAGGUGCCUGGCAGUGACAUCACCUCGCUCAGCUGGGAGGGUAAAUCUCUGAGGAUCGCCAUGGCCGUGGAUUCGUUUAUUUAUUUUGCCAACAUUCGACCCGAUUACAUUUGGUGUUACUUUGAGAAGACUGUGGUGUUUCUCAACAGCAGCAACCACAGUGGCAGCAGCACCACAAGCAGCUCCACUGUCACUCCCAUGAAUGUCAUCACAUUCUGGAACACAGUCUCAAAUCAGAGUUUCCUUAAGGAAGUGGAACCCACACUUUGUUUGGCGGCCAGCAAUGAACAUUGUGUUCUGGGCGUGGAAUGUGUCAGCAGCAACAUCAAGGAGAUUGCUCUCAGCACACUGGAAGGACGCACUAGCUCAUCGCAGGACGAUAGAGUCUAUCAGUUGCUACUCUGCAACUCAAUUGGCACCACUGUCGACUCUAAAUAUACGGACAUCAAGCCUCGCUUUGUGGGCAUCAAUUCCGGCUAUGUGGCGAUUGCUUCUUACGAUGAGAUACUUAUCUGGCACUAUCAUACUCCUAAGAGUUCUUCUAAUCUGCAUGGCGUUAAAGCCCGCAAGGAGAAGCGCUUUCAUAUUGAUGACACGCCCACAGGCGUAGAGUUGGCCAAGGAUCUGCUGCAAGGACAACAGCGUCGCGUCAACGAUCCCAUCUGUGCUCUGGCCCUGUCGGAGAAGCUACUCCUGGUGGCCCGUGAGUCGGGAGUCAUCAAUGAGUACAGCGUGGCCAAUGUGGCACUGAGAAAUCGUCACACUCUACACUCCAAAGUCCACAAGAUUGCCAUCAAUUGUAAUUCCACUCGUGCGGCGAUUAUUGAUCAUGUUGGUGUCAUGACACUCUUGGAACUGGAUGACAAUCGGGAGACACAGCUGAAUUUCAGUCGAGUGGAGCGCAAGGAUGUCUGGGCUGUUAGCUGGGCCAAGGACAAUCCUCUGCUGUUGGCCCUGAUGGAGAAGACACGCAUGUACAUAUUCCGUGGCAAUGAUCCCGAGGAGCCCAUCUCCUGUUCCGGCUACAUAUGCACCUUUGAGGAUCUGGAGAUCACCAGCGUGCUCUUGGAUGAUAUUAUAAGCAUUGGUGAACUGCAGAAUUCAUCGCAUCUGAUACAGUUGCGCGUAAAGUCGCUGCGUGAUACGGAUGAUCUCUUGGAGCAUGUGGGUCUGGAGGAUGCCAAGCAAUUUAUAGAGGAUAAUCCGCAUCCACGUUUGUGGCGACUGUUGGCAGAGUCGGCACUCAAAAAACUGGAGCUCAAUACGGCGGAAAAUGCCUUUGUGCGUUGUGCAAAUUAUCCGGGCAUCAAGUUGAUCAAAAGGUUGCGUAAUAUUAAUUCCCAGAUCCUGCAGCGUGCAGAGAUUGCCGCCUUCUAUGGCGAAUUCGACGAGGCCGAAAAACUCUAUAUGGAUGCUGAUCGCAGGGAUCUGGCUAUUGAUCUGCGCAUGACACUUUGCGACUGGUUUCGUGUGGUGCAACUUUAUCGCAUGGGUGGUGCUGGUGUCUCGGAUCAGCAAAUGGAAACCGCCUGGCGUGAAAUUGGACAUCACUUUGCCAAUCUCAAGUCUUGGGAAAGCGCCAAGGAAUACUAUGAAAAGUCACAUUAUCUGGAGGGUUUCAUGGAAUCUCUCUAUCACAUGGAACAGUUUGAUGAGCUGGAAAAGUGUGUCGAUAAGUUGCCGGAAAAGAGUCCUUUGUUGACCAAACUUGCCGAAAUGCUGGUCUCAGUGGGCAUGUGUUCGGAAGCUGUGCAGGCUUAUCUCAAAUUUGGCGAUCAAAAAGCCGCCGUCAAUGCGUGUGUUAAUCUGCGUCAAUGGGGUCAGGCCGUGGAGUUGGCCCAGAAGUUCCAGAUGCCGGAGGUAAAUGCGCUGCUCAGCAAACACGCAGCACAGCUCUUAAAUGAGGGACGCCUCCCGGAGUCCAUAGAGUUGCAACGCAAGGCGGGAAGAUUUCUGGAUGCGGCACGUUUGCUCUGCAAAUUGGCCGAACAGGAAGUGGAACGACGUGCUCCAUUGCUGCGCAUCAAGAAGAUCUAUAUACUGGCUGCACUCCUGGCUGAGGAUCAUCUGAAGUCAGUGGUCACGGCGCAGUUGGAUUAUGCCAUCGAUCGGAAUACUCUGCUGGACUCCAUUAGCUUGGAGGAUGCUGCCUGCAUUGAGCGUAUUUGGCAUUGUGCGGAAGCUUAUCAUUAUAUGCUCCUCGCCCAAAGACAGCUGCGAUUUGGGAUUAUGCACAGUGCGGUGGUGACAUCUUUGCGUUUGAGGGAUUACGAUGAUGUCCUGCCCGUGGAGGAUAUUUACAGUCUCUUGGCUUUGGCCAGUUGUGCGGAUAGAUCCUUUGACACCUGCUCCAAGGCAUUUAUGAAACUGGAAUCUCUCGACUUUCUGCCCGAAAAGACACAGCAGGAGUACGAAGAGCUGGCGGUUAAUAUAUUUUCCAAAAAUGAACCCGAGGAUCAUAAAGUUGAUACUGUCACCUGCUACGGAUGUGCGGAAAAUGUGCCCGAUAAUUUACCAUCGUGCAUGGAAUGCGGCGCUCGUUUUCCAGGUUGCAUCUCCUCUGGGAAACCCAUAACUCAACCCACCAGCAAUAUUUGGAUAUGUUCGACUUGCCAUCACUGUGCCUCGCCCAUGGAGAUAACACGGCAUCGAACAUGCCCCUUGUGUCACAGCCAAAUUGCUGCGCUCACUGUGGGAAUAUAAACUAAUUUAAUUAAAUACAAUAAUAAAAAUUUUUUUUAAAUUUAAA